AUGUCUUCCAUCACUGAGCUGCUUUACGACCUUGUCGGAAAGCUUUCUGCUCUCAUUGAAUCCCCAUUAAAGCAAUCUGAGAUGAAUGAAAAGAUUACACAAAUUGCGGAACGGGUCAUCGCUGCUGCCCGGCCUGAUAUGCCCGACUGGACUACAAGGGUCAAUGGCUUCGGCGAGUUCGUUGCCAUGAAGCUUUUUAUUGAUUGGAACGCGUUUGAAGCAAUUCCUCCAAGUGGAACUAUCUCGUAUGAAGAGCUUUCCAAGAAGCUCAACGCUGACAAGUCUUUGGUUCAACGGAUUGCAUGGCAUCUGAUUGCGCAUGGAGUACUGAUACAAGUAGGUGAAGAGGAGUUGGCACAUACCGAGAUCUCCAAACGCUAUCUUCCAGGCUUGCCGGAUACAGUCGUGUUUAGUUUCUGGUAUGAGGGAACUAUUGUGCCUUCCGUGAAAAUGCCGGAAUACUUCGCGAAGUACGGCCGCCGAGAGCCAGAUUCUGAGAUCCGAACACCACUGGCCUUUGGAUUUGGCCAGCCAGAGAUGACGCCGUACGAAGUUUACUACCAAGAACCAAAGAGAAGGGACCAAUUCCAGAAAGCCAUGCAAAUGGCACAAUAUGCGGCCCCUUUCACCGGCUCGUACAACUUCAGUUGGAUCAAGGAGAAAAUCCGAAACAUGGACGAGCAACGGGCAGUACUUGUGGACGUUGGCGCCGGAAAUGGCCACGUCACCAAGGCCAUAUUGCAGGAAAACUCAUUCAUCCCAACGGAACGCGUCGUUCUCGAGGAUAGAGAGGAUGUGCUUAAUCAUGUAGCCGCAAUGAACGAUCCGUGGCUGAAAGAUGCCAAGUUACAAAUCCACGAUUUUCAUACGAGGCAGCCUAUCAAGCGUCAGUACUUCAUUAUCCUGUCCAAACUCACAGAAACCUUGACUCAUGGCUUCUCACAGACGCUCUGGUUUAUUGGAUACGUCGAUGCCUACAUAAUUAUGGCGAUGAGACUUGCCAUGGCAUCCGAUAGCAGGCUUCUCAUUGCCGACAACGUCAUACCUAAUCCGCCUCCGAUUACAGAAUGCAUGCUAGACUUUACGAUGUUGAAUAUUGCUGGCAAGGAGAGAACGGCCACUGCUUUUAAUGACGUCAUCACCCGUGCGGGACUGAGAAUGGUAAAGGUGCAUGGUAUGGAUAAGAAAUUACAAGUUGUCGAGUCCGUAAGCCAGUCACCUGCAGUAUGCUCCUUUGAUGUAGGAUAUCCUGGUUCAAUGACAAUCAGUUUCAACUUCGACGUCACCCACUGCUUCGGGAGACCCCAAGAGCACCCUAAGGAUCUCGGGUCCCAUACUGAGAAGUUUAUGAAUGCGCGAAGGCAAAAUGAUCAGGAUCUGCAAGUCUGGCCAGGAAGCACAGCUUCAACGACGGGCUUCUCCGAUUCCGAUACCAAUACCUGUAUCUUCUCUUACGCGACCCCAUCCUGGUUUGACGUGCUAGCCAACAGCUUCCAAAUGGGUCCGCUGGGAGACAGUUAA